CGCGGCUCCCAGACGGGCUCUCUGAGUCCCUCUCCGAGAGCCGGGCGGGCACGCGUCAUUGUGUUACCUGCGACCAGCCCGCGAGCUGGGCUCGGGUAUUUUUUUUUUCCCUCCCCUCCCUCCCUCCUCUUUAAGCAGCUGAUCUGAAAGGGAAUAAAAGGCUGCGCAUAAUCAUAAUAAUAAAAGAAGGGGAGCGCGAGAGAAGGAAAGAAAGCCGGGAGUGGAAGAGGAGGGGGAGCGCCUCAAAGAAGCGAUCAGAAUAAUAAAAGGAGGCCGGGCUCUUUGCCUUCUGGAACGGGCCGCUCUUGAAAGGGCUUUUGAAAAGUGGUGUUGUUUUCCAGUCGUGCAUGCUCCAAUCGGCGGAGUAUAUUAGAGCCGGGACGCGGCGGCCGCAGGGGCAGCGGCGACGGCAGCACCGGCGGCAGCACCAGCGCGAGCAGCAGCGGCGGCGGCGGCGGCGGAGUCCCGAGUGCCCGCGGCGCGCGGUGCAGCGAUGCGGUCCCCACGGACGCGCGGCCGGCCCGGGCGCCCCCUGAGCCUCCUGCUCGCCCUGCUUUGCGCCCUGAGAGCCAAGGUGUGCUGGGCUUCUGGUCAAUUCGAGUUGGAGAUUCUGUCCAUGCAGAACGUGAACGGGGAGCUGCAGAACGGGAACUGCUGUGGCGGCGCCCGGAACCCGGGGGACCGCAAGUGCUCCCGCGACGAGUGUGACACGUACUUCAAAGUGUGCCUCAAGGAGUACCAGUCGCGCGUCACGGCCGGGGGGCCCUGCAGCUUCGGCUCGGGGUCUACUCCUGUCAUCGGGGGCAACACCUUCAACCUCAAGGGCAGUCGCGGCAACGAACGCAACCGCAUCGUGCUGCCUUUCAGUUUCGCCUGGCCGAGGUCCUACACUUUGCUCGUGGAGGCGUGGGAUUCCAGCAAUGACACUGUCCAACCUGACAGCAUUAUUGAAAAGGCAUCUUACUCGGGCAUGAUCAACCCCAGCCGGCAGUGGCAGACACUGAAACAGAACACGGGGGUCGCCCACUUUGAGUACCAGAUCCGCGUGACCUGCGACGACUAUUACUAUGGCUUUGGCUGCAAUAAGUUCUGCCGACCCAGAGAUGAUUUCUUCGGACACUACGCCUGUGACCAGAAUGGCAACAAAACGUGCAUGGAAGGCUGGAUGGGCCCCGAAUGUAACAAAGCUAUUUGCCGACAGGGUUGUAGCCCCAAGCACGGGUCUUGCAAACUCCCUGGUGACUGCAGGUGCCAGUACGGCUGGCAGGGCCUGUACUGUGACAAGUGCAUCCCGCACCCUGGGUGCGUCCGCGGCACCUGCAACGAGCCCUGGCAGUGCCUCUGUGAGACCAACUGGGGAGGCCAGCUCUGUGACAAAGACCUCAAUUACUGCGGGACCCACCAGCCGUGUCUCAAUGGAGGAACCUGUAGCAACACAGGGCCUGACAAGUACCAGUGUUCCUGCCCUGAGGGGUAUUCAGGACCCAACUGUGAAAUCGCGGAGCACGCCUGCCUCUCUGAUCCCUGCCACAACAGGGGCAGCUGCAAGGAGACGUCCCUGGGGUUUGAGUGUGAGUGUUCUCCGGGCUGGACCGGCCCCACGUGCUCCACAAACAUUGAUGACUGCACUCCAAAUAACUGUUCCCACGGGGGCACCUGCCAGGACUUGGUUAACGGCUUUAAGUGCGUGUGCCCGCCCCAGUGGACUGGCAAAACGUGCCAGUUAGAUGCAAAUGAAUGCGAGGCCAAACCUUGUGUAAACGCCAAAUCCUGUAAGAAUCUGAUUGCCAGCUACUACUGCGAUUGCCUCCCGGGCUGGUCGGGUCAGAAUUGUGAAAUAAAUAUUAAUGACUGCCUCGGCCAGUGUCAGAAUGAUGCCUCCUGUCGGGAUCUGGUUAAUGGUUAUCGCUGUAUCUGUCCACCUGGCUACGCAGGCGAUCACUGUGAGACAGACAUUGACGAGUGUGCCAGCAACCCCUGUCUGAAUGGGGGUCACUGUCAGAACGAAAUCAACAGAUUCCAGUGUCUGUGUCCCACUGGUUUCUCUGGGAACCUCUGUCAGCUGGAUGUGGAUUAUUGUGAGCCCAAUCCCUGCCAGAAUGGUGCCCAAUGCUACAACCGCGCCAGCGACUAUUUCUGCAAGUGUCCGGAGGACUACGAAGGCAAGAACUGCUCUCACCUUAAAGACCACUGCCGCACCACCCCCUGUGAAGUGAUUGACAGCUGCACAGUGGCCAUGGCCUCCAACGACACGCCAGAAGGGGUGCGCUAUAUCUCCUCGAACGUCUGUGGUCCCCAUGGGAAGUGCAAGAGUCAGUCAGGAGGCAAAUUCACCUGUGACUGUAACAAAGGCUUCACUGGAACGUACUGCCAUGAAAAUAUUAAUGACUGUGAGAGCAACCCCUGUAAAAAUGGGGGCACCUGCAUCGACGGCGUCAACUCGUACAAGUGUAUCUGCAGCGACGGCUGGGAGGGGGCCUACUGUGAGACCAACAUUAAUGACUGCAGCCAGAACCCCUGCCACAACGGGGGCUCGUGUCGCGACCUGGUCAACGACUUUUACUGUGACUGUAAAAACGGGUGGAAAGGCAAGACCUGCCACUCGCGUGACAGCCAGUGUGACGAGGCCACGUGCAACAAUGGUGGCACCUGCUACGACGAGGGGGAUGCUUUCAAGUGCAUGUGUCCCGGAGGCUGGGAAGGAACCACCUGUAACAUAGCCAGAAACAGCAGCUGCCUGCCCAGCCCCUGCCACAACGGGGGCACCUGUGUGGUCAAUGGCGAGUCUUUCACGUGCGUCUGCAAAGAAGGCUGGGAGGGGCCCGUCUGUACUCAGAAUACCAAUGACUGCAGUCCUCACCCCUGCUACAACAGCGGCACGUGUGUGGAUGGAGACAACUGGUACCGCUGCGAGUGUGCCCCUGGCUUCGCGGGGCCUGACUGCAGGAUAAACAUCAACGAAUGCCAGUCUUCACCUUGUGCCUUCGGGGCGACCUGUGUGGAUGAGAUCAAUGGGUACCGGUGUGUCUGCCCCCCAGGGCACAGUGGUGCCAAAUGCCAGGAAGUUUCAGGGAGACCUUGCAUCACCGUGGGCAGCGUGAUACCCGAUGGGGCCAAGUGGGAUGAGGACUGCAAUGCCUGCCAGUGCCUGGACGGGAGGAUUGCCUGCUCAAAGGUCUGGUGUGGCCCCCGCCCCUGCUCCCUGCACAAAGGGCACAGCGAGUGCCCCAGCGGGCAGAGCUGCCUCCCCAUCCUGGACGCGCAGUGCUUCGUCCGCCCCUGCACGGGUGUGGGCGAGUGCCGGUCCUCCAGCCUGCAGCCAGUGAAGACCAAGUGUGCCUCCGACCCCUAUUACCAGGACAACUGUGCAAACAUCACGUUCACCUUCAACAAGGAGAUGAUGUCACCGGGUCUUACCACGGAGCAUAUCUGCAGCGAAUUGCGGAAUCUGAAUAUUUUGAAGAAUGUUUCUGCUGAAUAUUCAAUCUACAUAGCUUGUGAGCCUUCCCCUUCUGCGAAUAACGAAAUACACGUGGCCAUCUCUGCCGAAGACAUACGGGAUGAUGGAAACCCGAUCAAGGAAAUCACCGACAAAAUCAUCGAUCUUGUUAGUAAGCGGGACGGGAACAGCUCGCUAAUCGCUGCCGUCGCGGAAGUGCGAGUUCAGAGGCGUCCUCUGAAGAACAGAACAGAUUUCCUGGUGCCCCUGCUCAGCUCGGUCCUGACCGUGGCCUGGGUCUGCUGCCUGGUGACCGCCUUCUACUGGUGUGUGCGGAAGCGGCGGAAGCCCAGCAGCCACGCGCGCUCAGCCUCCGAGGACAACACCACCAACAACGUGCGGGAGCAGCUCAACCAGAUCAAGAACCCCAUCGAGAAGCACGGGGCCAACACGGUCCCCAUCAAGGACUACGAGAACAAAAACUCCAAAAUGUCCAAAAUAAGGACACACAACUCGGAGGUGGAGGAGGACGACAUGGACAGGCACCAGCAGAAAGCCCGCUUCGCCAAGCAGGCCACCUACACGCUGGUCGACCGAGAGGAGAAGCCCCCCAACGGCACGCCGGCCAAACACCCAAACUGGACAAACAAACAGGACAACAGAGACCUGGAGAGCGCCCAGAGCCUGAGCCGGAUGGAGUACAUCGUAUAGCAGGCGGCGCGCAGAGUCUGAGGGCGCCCGGGGCUCCCGGUUCUCCAGCUGUCCUGUCGUGGUCCAGUCCGAGGCUGUCGCUGACGUAGACCCCUGUGUUAAUUUAAGUUCUGACAAGCUGGCUUACACUGGCAAUGGUAGUUUCUGUGGUUGGCUGGGCAGCGCUGCAUCGCACAGCUAUGCAAACACCAGUCCCCUGGGGGCCCGGGGCACGGUCCCCGCGGCCCUGCACCUCUCGGAUUAGGCCCCCAGGAGAGCGGCCGGCCCCCAGCCGGCCUCCGGCUUCCACUUCUGCCAGAUGUCCCGAUGGUGAUGCAGUCUUAGGAGCAUAGUUUUUAUUUAUAUUUAUUGACUCUUGAGUUGUUUUUGUAUAUUGGUUUUAUGAUGACGUCCAAGUAGUUCUGUAUUUUGAAAGUGCCUUUGCAGCUCAGAACCACAGCAACUAUCACAAAUGAGUUUAUUAUUUAUUUUUUUUAUUGUAUUUUUGUUGUUGUUGUUGGGGGAGGGGGACUUUGAUGUCAGCAGUUGCUGGUAAAAUGAAGAAUUUAAAGAGGAAAAAUGUGUCAAAAGUAGAAUUUUGUAUAGUUAUGUAAAUAAUUCUUUUUUUUAUUAAUCACUGUGUAUAUUUGAUUUAUUAACUUAAUAAUCAAGAGCCUUAAAAACAUCAUUCCUUUUUAUUUAUAUGUAUGUGUUUAGAAUCGAAGGUUUUUGAUAGCAUUGUAAGCGUAUGGCUUUAUUUUUUUGAACUUAUUUUCUUAUUACGUGUUGCCUAUAAGCCAAAAUUAAGGUGUUUGAAAAUAGUUUAAGACAAUAGGAUGGGCUUCUGUGCCUGGAAUACUGGUGGAAAUUUUUUUUUUUUUUGUACGACGUCAGAUGUUUAAAACACCUUCUAUAGCAUCACUUUAAAACACGUUUUAAGGACUGACUGAGGCAGUUUGAGAACUAGUCUAGAACAGGUGUUUUUUUUUUCUUUAGACUUGAAAAGAGACAGGCAGGCGAUCUGCUUUACAGAGCAGUUUAAGGGAACAAGGUGAGCUAUGACUACACGUAGCCAAGACGUGAGUGGUUGAAUAUCAUUAAAAAUAUCAAAUUAAUUGUGUGAAGUUGGAAGCACACCAAUCUUAUUUUGUAAAUUCUGAUUUCUUUUCACCAUUCGUAAUGUAAGACUGAACCACUUUGUAGAUUUGAUUUUUGUUGUUAUCUACUGCAUUUAGGGAGUAUUCUAAUAAGCUAGAUGAAUACUUGAACCAUAAAAUGUCCAGUAAGAUCACUGUUUAGAUUUGCCAUAGAGUACACUGCCUGCCUUAAGUGAGGAAAUGGAAACGCUAUGACGAAGUUUAAGAACAAAAGGCUUAUUAAGACAGAGUGAUUUCGUUGGUUCGCAGUUGAGACCAUGAAGAUACUUUGUAUUGUCCUCUUAGUGUUAUCCGAACAUAAACAUGCAUCUUUGAUGUGUUGUUCCUGGCAAUAAAUUUUGAAAAGUAAUAUUUAUUAAAUUUUUUGUACGAAAACACGGACCCGUGUGGCCUCUUCUGAGCUUACGCAGUUCUGCCCGGCUCUGCCAUCUGCCUUUGUCACCGCCCCCGAGUCUGUCCUGGUGACCAGGGUGUGAGACGUAGGCUGUGCUCAACGGGGCCGGGAUCAAGAACUGAAAGCCUUUUCAGCCAUGAAAUUCAUCGUAGUUUCUCGAAAACCCAAGGGGCUGCUGUGAAGCUGGAGCUGUGAGAGCCCCAUCUUGGGGGCCUCAUUCUCUUGUUACUUGACAGCAAGUGUGAAUCCUGCUUGAAUAAACGCCACUGGAUGAACGGCC